AUGGACCCUGUUAUCAUCCGUCUUGAGUCUGUCAUUAAAUAUUCACUUGAUAGAUUCCAGUUCCGGAAUGCAACCUUCCUUGCAGAGCGAUUGCAGUCGCAGGUGCGCGGUCAUGAGCAUUCAGAGAUUGAGCGAGAACACGCGCAGUAUCUGCUGGCAACAUGUCAUUAUAGACAAGGCAAACCAGAGGUCGCAUGGACAGUUUUGGAGAGGUGCGCCUCAUUAAAAAGCCGCUAUCUUUUUGCACAGUGUUGUCUCGACCUAAAGCGCUAUGUUGAGGCCGCUGGUGUCUUGGAGUGGCUCCUUGAAAACGGUACUUUGCCAAUCUGCCCCGUUUCAGACAUCGUUUCGGACCAUGUUCUGUUGAGUAUAGGAGAGCCAGAUCGAGCCUCAGUGCUAAACCUUCUUGGACACACUGCCAGAGCUCAGCAAAGACACAAAUUGGCAAUCAAAUAUUUCAAGGAAGCAUUAUCCUUUAAUCCGCUGCUAUGGGAAGCAUUUGAGGGACUUUGUGAACUCGGGGCGCCUUUGGAUCCCAACGCCCUAUUUCAACAGUUUGACACAAAGACUUCCAUUGUAUCAUUAAAGCCACUUACGACUAUACAACCAUCGAGGAUCAAUACUUUCGAUGGUUCACCAUUCUCUGCAUCUCAAACAGAAACAAAGCAAUAUGAAGGUGUCAGCGCCGCUCAGACAAACCCUUUUAACAUACAUACUUCAGCUCGACAUGAUGCGAAAGAUUUUUCAAAAAUGACAAUACCUCAGUCAUCGUCUUUAUCGCCUGGGACCAUUAUGGCAUCAAUGCAUACUGAUGACUCGCCACCUAUGAAAGCUAUGUCUACUAGUCGAGAUACCAUAGCAAACGCACCCGGGGAAUCGACGGAGAGAGUAACCUUGAGAAGGGGGACGAGCAAGUCAAAGUUUGAAAGGAGUAAGUCGUCGACUAUGUUACGAAUUUCGGCCGCGUCUGGAGGGGUAUCUAAGCGAGAGCCUGGAAGAAGUAAUACGAUCGCUAAUUUUUCAAUGUCUGGAAUAAAGACGGGAGCUCAACGCAGGCACAUGUCUAAUAGAAACACGAAAAAGGAUACAGAUAGCAAUGAGGAAUACGAGACAUAUAGAGAGUUAACUAUACCUAUGACGCCAGUAGAAGCGGAUCAAUUGGGGGAUGAUGAGAGUCUGCGGGUCAUGAUUGAUAUUUUUCGGAUUUUAGCAAGGUCCUAUGGUUUAUUAUCACUCAACCAAUUCAUUGAAGCUAUAACCGAAUUUGAGACUCUGCCGCACGAUCAUUUGCAGAGCGGGUGGGUGCAGUGCCAGCUGGGCAAGUGCAAAUUUGGGAUGGUAGACUAUGCAUCGGCAAUGAGAUACUUUGAACGUGCUCGAGAAUUGGAUCCAAGUUUGCACAAAGACAUGGAAAUUUACUCAACCUGUCUUUGGCACUUAAACAAAGAGACAAUGCUUUCUACACUCGCCAAAGAGCUCAAAGACUCAAAUCUUCAUUCCCCUCAAGCCUGGGUAGCUCUUGGUAAUGCAUUUAGUUUAAAGCAUGACAGCGAGCAGGCCCUAAAAUGCUUCCAACGAGCGAUCCAACUAAAUGACCGGUUUGCAUAUGCCCAUACAUUGUCUGGGCACGAGUAUACAUAUAUGGAAGAGUAUGAUAAAGCACAGACAGCAUUUUUGAAAGCCAUGGCAAUCGAUCCUCGUCAUUAUUAUGCAUGGUUUGGCGUUGGUCUCAUCUACGACAAGAUGGGCAAAAACGAUCUUGCGCUCGUUUCCUUCAAAGAGGCGCAUAAACUUAACCCAUCAAGCAGCGUGGUAUUAUAUCGAGUUGGUGCCAGCCAAGAAAAGUUGAGUAGGAUCACAGAGGCUUUGCGUUCAUAUCAGGAAGCCAUCGAGCUUGAUUCUACUAAUGUUGCUGCUCGCUUUAGCAAAGCCAAGGUUCAAGCAGACAUGGGCUAUUACGAUGAAGCCUAUGAGGAAUUAGAGAUAGUCAUGAAGCUAUCGCCUGAUGAACCCAAUGCAUUUAUGCUACUAGGAAAAGUUCUACAGAAGAAAGGUGACAAGGCGCAGGCGCUAAAGUACCUGACAUAUGCCUUGAAUCUUAAUAGCAAAUUAUCCCAUACUAUUCGUGAUAUGAUCGAAAAGUUGGAGCAGGACGCAGACAACGAUGAAGUGGGCUACGAUGUCAAGGUUGAUGUAGAUCUUUAA